CGCCAAGCGUUCUGGCUCUUCUACUUUCAUUCACAUUUGAACCUGCUAUGAUGUUCACCUCCAUGAGCUGGCUUGGCGAGACUUAUUUCCCCACUACCACCUCACUCGAUCAAUCUUGAUUGAUACAAUUUUGAGUCUCUUCGUGAACCGAUAAUCCACAUUUCUGGGCGCAAGUCGAACGGCUACCACGUGACACCGUAGCCGACGGCAGUGUAGAAGUGGAUGAGCUUGCUGCGAUCAAGCACACGAGGCACCUCAAACAUCAGUCUUCAUCUGUCGUGCGCCCUGCUGGCCCCUCGAUCGCUGCAUCGCUUUCCCUUGACAGCGGUCACAACUUCCAGCUUCUCUCGCAGUCACCGCCACGACCCGACUGUUCAUGCGAGGAUGUCUUCGACAGCACCCACGCUCGCGGACGCAUUAGGUCCAGCACACAACAUCGACCUAACUCUGGACCGCAUUCAACAGCUGCUUGGACGGCUAGGCUCACCGCAGAAUGCGAUCCCCGUCAUUCAUGUGGCAGGCACGAAUAGUAAAGGCUCUACCACCGCCUAUCUGGAUUCCUUGCUUCUGAACGCGAUAGGUCUGAGGACCGGUAGAUUCAACAGUCCGCACUUGAUACAGGAACAGGAUUGCUGCAGAGUGUGCGGCAAGGUUGUCAGGGACGAUGUGUGGCGAGAAGCAAGGAAAAGAGUGCAAGCUGCUGAUGAAGGACUGCCGAUGCGCGCAUCCGACAAAGAGGAAUCGACGUCGUUCAUGGAAGAGCAACCUCCACUGCGCUGCACAUCUUUUGAAAAGCUGACGGCCCAAGCUCUCAGCGCUUUCGUCUUGCUACCCGAGGCCGAGAGACCAGAAGUGCUGCUCAUAGAAGUGGGCUUGGGUGGAAGACUAGACGCCACAAACGUAUUUCCUGCCCAGAACGUCCUGGCCAGCGUCAUCUGUCCCAUCGAUCUGGACCAUCAGACAUUCCUCGGAAACACGCUGAGGGAUAUUACGAAAGAGAAGGCUGGCAUCAUCAAGAGCAGAGGCUUGGUUGUGGUGGCAGAUCAAAGGAGAGCUUCUGUAAAUGACAGUGCCGCGUCAUCCUCCUCUUCCUCGCUUCAGUACAAUACCGACGUGCCGCUCGACUCGCUACGACAUGUACAAGCAGAGCGAAGUCAGAUCGGCGUCGAAGCUGCCGAGAUUCUGGAUUCUGUCCGAGAAGUAGCAUUCAUGGUUGGGGCGCGUCUUGUCAAGUCUUAUGUCCCUUGGCAAGCUCUACAGGCUACAAGCUUCUCGCAGUCCAGCUCGAGCAGUCCAUGGUCGACGAGCACCUGGGUCAAUGCUCGCUACGCGCCCAUUCUGUGGCCCUCGUCGAGCACCUCUGCAAGCUACGCCGGCACAUACGCCUCUAGAGCUGGUGACACGCUCAUCUCUGGUCCCUCGCUGCACCUUCCUCGAAUUCGACCGGCCCUCGUCUCCAUCUUGACAGCUCUACAGACAUUGUGGGCGGUUGCGAGGGACGAGACGCCAUCGGGAUUGGGACAAGAUGGAUCGGAUCCGUUCGAGGAGCUGAGGUUGAAGAUGGCUUGGGCGCUCAGGGAUGAUCGGGAUGCGACCGAUGCUAUUCGGUGGGCUUUGAAUGGAACGAAAUGGCAUGGACGUUGCGAGUGGGUGGACGUUGAGCUGCCCACGACGGUACCGGAUGUGCCAGCUGAACUUGGAAAGGCAGACGAACAGACCCGAGAGGAUAGCGAGGCAAUGCCGGUGGACACUCUCUCACAGACUGGCUCCACCUCGUCGGCAGUCCCGCUUCAUCUUCUGGUGGACGGCGCGCAUAAUCCUUCGGCAGCUCAUGCUCUUCGCGCAUACAUCGACCAAUGCAUCCUAUCGCGCGUCGCGACUCUUCGUCGAGACAAGCCAACCUCGGAGAUUUACCUAGCAAUCAACUGGAUCCUCUCCAUUUCAGAGGGCAAGGACGUAUCGGGUCUUCUUGGUGCUCUUUUCGACGAUAGCCGAUUGCGAGGAGCCGAGGACGCAUUGUCUCGGUCGCUUGCGGACACCCACAUCACCACGUCUGGCGCUGAUUUCAGCUCCGCGUCGGACAGUGCCGUCACCUUCAGGGUGAAACAUCGGAUAGCAGUGACUUCGUUCAGCACGCCAGUAGAAGGCAUGCCGUGGGUUCGACCACUCUCUGCUCAAGAUCUUUCUAGUGCCGUUCAUUCCACGCUGUCCUCUGGCGAGGGCGCCGAGAUCGAAUGCUUCGCAACGGUGCAAGAAGCCUGCACUUGGAUCUCGCAAGAAGGAGAUGGAAAGACGUUCGUCGAGCUCAACAAGGAUGAGUCGCAAGGAAUGAGCAGAUGCAAGGCUUCGUUCAAUAUCCUCGCGGGUAGCUUGUACCUCGUUUCCGACCUGUACAGAGCAUUCCCUCACUUGCUGGCUGACGGAAGCUCGUGAUUCAUGUCGCUCAAGCACCGCAAUCAUGAUCGUGCCGCUGCCGAACCUCUCAACAUGAUGUGUGGUCAAAGCGAUGGCAGACAGACAAGGCGUCCGCACGCAGUGACGCAAUUUCGUUUCGUCUUGCCAGGGACCAAGCGAUACAUUUUCUCGCCGACCGCACUAGAAAAUAUACCG